AGGAAGCAUAGCCACAUCCACAGCAGCAGCGGAGUGAAACUGCAGACAGGUCGACCUGAACGUCCGAACGACAACUCAAAAUAGACAAAUUAGACACCAUGUUUUGGAGACUUUUCGCCGUGACAUUAUUACUAGCCCUAUUGGGAUCUAUGACAAGCCAGCAGUUUUCGGCGGAUGAAGUUUGUAGCACGUUCCAUGGCUGUGAUGCAUGUGAAAAUGUGACUCUCUGCCAAUGGAUGAACUGCACAGAUGGUUUUCAGUGUGUGAACAGCAGUCAUGAGAACCAAACAGCCAACUGCGUCAGUGCGAACUGCACAGAGCCACCAGUUGCCUCAACAGUGAACCCCGUUACUACUAGCAGCACGAAUGCUACCACCAAUGCUACCACAGUAAUCCCAACCAUACCAGUCACUCCGACUCGAAACGGGACAGACACAAACUCCACCACAACCGCGUCGCCCACUACUGCUCCAUCUAAGACGUCCACAUUUGACGCCGCCAGUUUCAUCGGGGGAAUAGUGUUAGUACUUGGUCUUCAAGCCGUCAUCUUUUUCCUAUACAAGUUCUGCAAGUCCAAGGACCGCAACUACCACACCCUGUAACAUGCUGCCACUUGGAGGCACCACACAGCAACACACACACAAAAAACAAACACACUCCGACCCAAAAGAAAAGAGAUCGAGUCCCCCUCGUUUAGCCUCAUGUUUGACACUCGAUGCCUGUGAUUUGAGCUUUCUUUAGUUUCUGUUAGAGCUCUCACAAGCACUUGAGUUUAAAACAGAGAAACAGAGUAAUGCCGUAGGUCUUAUCAAGCAGUGGCAUUAUGGGGUAUACAAAGUGUUCAGUUGCUUUCAUGCGCAACAGCAGCUUUCUUAAUUAAGUCCUGUCCGGAAAUGGUUUAAUAUUUAAUUUUUGAUGUCAACAAUGAUUUGCAUCUCAAUAUCAUAAUCUUUUACAGCAUUCUCAGUGUUAAUUUUAAGAUUAUGGUCAGACAUUUUCACCAGAACAGUUUUUUUUUUUGUUUUUUUACGCAGGUGCCAUAAUGAUUCUUCUUAUUCCAUCCAAGUGCAAAAAUAACAUCCUCUUUAAAUCUUUUGGUUUGUGUCUGUCAGCGUGUGGCAUUUUGUUUAAUUUGUGUAUGGCUCUGUCACACCAAUCAAGACAGCCAAAAUGAUUUACAUUCUCCAGCUUAGUCCAUCACUAUUACUUAUUUCCAACUAAUAAACUUAAGUGUUUCACCCCUUCCUCCUCACAUAGGCUGGGUAAUAUCAGAGAUGCAUUUGUAUACCCUUAGUUAGCAUCCUAUGACAUGAUUGGGGGUCGUUUUCAGGAACCUACCAUAAUAUCGGCCAUUUUAAGUUGUACUUUUGGGAUUUGAACUGCAGGAGCUCAGCCAAUCCAGUUCUACAACAAGUCUUCAUUAGAAUUAGUCAAUUCUGCCAGAUAUGCGAAUGAGAACGAGGCACUACAGGUAGGGCAGAGGAUCAGGCAUCCCAUUCAGAACGAUUGACCAUUGAGUCAAAGUGCCUUUAGGUGGAGGUAGUGGCUUGCUGCCUUAAAAGUGAGCCUUAAAAGUGUGAAUGGUGAGCCGCCGUCGAGGCCCGGCUCUGUGUUGGUGUGUCUGCCUGAAUGUCAGUGUGUUGAUUGACACGCAUGCGUGCUUGUAUCAAUGAAAUAGAUCUAGUGUCUGCCAGCUGGACUGA